CCGAGAGGAACCAGUGUCGGGCCGGACCAGUCCCUCCGGGAAAGCCGAGCGCAACCGCCUCCGCCUCCCCCGCCGCUGCCUGCAGCAGGGACGCGGACCCCGAAGCCCAGGAAGGCAUCGGUCCCCGCCGUCUUCAACCCCCAAAGUUGGGGGUUGGAGGGCAGCCGGACCCAUGGCUGACUUCCCAUCCAAAGUCAGCACCCAGACCAGCACCCCGGUGCAGGGCGGCGCCCGUUCCUCGCUGCCGGGACUCGGGGCUCUUCGGCCAGACAUCGGCUUCCUCCGCUCCGUCCUGGGCGCUCUGAUGAUCGUGGAGAUCGUGGUGGGUUUGCUGGCUUGGGCCCUGAUUGCAGACACCCCAUAUCACUACUACUCAAUCUAUGGCUGGGUGAUGUUUGUAGCAGUCUUCCUCUGGCUGGUGACAAUCAUCUUCUUUGUCAUUUACGUGUGGCAACUCCAUUUGAAACUCUACAUGGUACCCUGGCCUUUGGUGCUAAUGAUCUUUAACGUAAGUGCUACAGUUCUCUACAUUACUGGUUUCAUCACCGCUGCUGUUGCAGUUCAACGAACAUCAAUAGCUGGUUCCUAUAUAUACGACAAGAGGGCUGCUGCUUCUUUCUUUACAUGUGUUGUGAUGAUCGCCUAUGGGGUGAGUGCUUUCUUCAGCUUCCGAGCCUGGAAAGGAAUGGGCAGCAAUGCAGCUACCAGUCAGAUGGCUGGUGGCUAUUCCUAAAAAGCCCACGGACCACCUUGGUACUGAAGUCUGCAUGCUGUCGUGUGGGGACCUGGAUACCACUGAUCAUCAGGAGGCCAUAACCAGCAGAAAAUCAGCCCAGCUGUGACCAAAUUUGCUGUCCUCUGCUGAUGGAAUUUGUGCUCUCACUCCACUUCUAAUGGAACACAAUCCACCACUCUGGAUUGGCAUAAAUAGGCAUUUGUGAGCAAGGGCAGGGAAAAGUCUAAAAAAUGAAAGGGUCAAGGAUGUUAAAUGACUUCCCCGUCCCUUCAGUCAGGGAAGGCCACUUGUCAGGAAGUGGUGUUGUGGCCAUCCUGCUUUGUACUUGUAAGGCUUCAGGUUCCAGGGUCAGGAAUUCAACCCCUUUUACCAGCAUUAAAUCUGCUAACAAAUAACACCUCAAACAUUGUGAUCCUAUCAUGUAUAUACUGUAAAAGUAACUGUGGCAAUAGAUAGUACGCUCAUAAUUUUAUGAAAAGACAAGGUAGCUAUUGGAAUUUCUGAAAUCUGCCCCCAAAAGUUGGUUUCACAUCAUACAAAGAGCCAAGGUUUGAGUUAUACAGAGAGUGGCUAGCAAUGUAAACUCUUCUCUCCUAUUUCAGCGAGGAAAGGAACAACUCUUUUUCACAAUAUCCAAUAAAGAACAAAGGCAAGGAAAGGCAGAUAAUAAAAAUAAAUCCCAUUAAUCGGCUACUAAAAUAAAAUAGUGCUUAGGUACUAGUUUAGGGCUUCACUAAUAUAUAGGUUGUGGGAAUCUACAUGAGAAUUUUCACAUUUAGAAGCUUGUAUUUAAUGGAAACCCUAGUUUUUUUACCUGCUUCUCAAAGACACUUGUUGUCCAGUUCUUUCCUUAUAUUUCAAAAUAUCAUUUUUGCCUAUACAUCCUUUUUGAAAAAGCUAAAUACCAAGACUGACUUUCUUCCUGCUACCACAGGCUGAACUCAAAGGCAAUGGAUUUGGGGGUGGGUGACUCACAAGCUUGCCUGGCUGUUGGAUAGUAAUGAUUUUGUUCUUUGUAUAUAAAUAAAGACCAAGGAAACAUUUGUUUGGAA